CUCGCCGCCCGGACCGAGUCGCGCUGUCCGCCCCGCCCGCGCCGCGCUGACGGCCGUUUUGCGACAGUGUGCUCGUUCGCAGCCCUGCUUUCCGGCAAGUGGCCCGACGCCUCGCUCAGUUUCCGGUCGCGGGGCCCAGGCUGCCGCCGGGUGCGAAUGGGCCUCGGUGGGGUCCGCGGGUUCGAGUCCCUACUCGGGGAUGAGCCUCUUUGAUCUCUUUCGGGGCUUUUUCGGCCUUUCUCCACCUCGGAGCCACAGAGACCCCUUUUUUGGAGGGAUGACACGAGAUGAAGAUGAGGAUGAUGAAGAAGAGGAAGAAGAAGGAGCCACGUGGGGCCGUGGGAGCUCGAGGUUUGAGGGUCCGCAGCCCCCGGAGGAAUUUGGCUUCGGCUUCAGCUUCAGCCCGGGAGGAGGGAUGCGUUUCCAUGAGAACUUCGGCUUUGAUGACCUAAUACAGGAUUUUAACAACAUCUUCAGCGAGAUGGGGGCCUGGACCUUGCCUUCCCGCCCUCCUGAACUUCCUGGUCCUGGUCCCGAGUCAGAGAUACCUGGUGAGAGACGGCAGGAGGGACAGACUCUCCGGGACUCAAUGCUUAAGUAUCCAGAUAGUCACCAGCCCAGGAUCUUUGGGGGGGGCUUGGAGAGUGAUGCAAGAAGUGAAUCCCCCAAACCAGCGCCGGACUGGGGCUCCCAGAGGCCAUUUGGUCUGUUUGAUGAUUUGUGGCCUAUGCCCCCCCAUUCUAGAGCCAGAGAAGACAACGGUGAGUGUGGAGAUCUUGAUUCCCAGGUUUCCCAGGAGGGCCUCGGUCCAGUUCUGCAGCCCCAGCCCAAAUCCUAUUUCAAGAGCGUCUCUGUGACCAAGAUCACUAAGCCAGAUGGGACAGUAGAGGAGCGCCGAACUGUGGUGGACAGCGAGGGCCGGACAGAGACCACAGUAACCCAUCAAGAAGCAGACGGCGGCCCUAGAGAUGAUCCAGAAUCACCAGCACCUCCAGCCCUGGAUGACACCUAUUCCAUCCUGGAUUUGUUCCUAGGACGCUGGUUCCGGCCCCGGUAGCCUUGUUAAGCCUCAGCGGCCUUCAGAUCCCUUCCAUCCUUCGCUCACCAUCCGUGUCUCCUGCCACCUCGGCCUGGGGUGUGCGGAGCAGUGAAUUGGGGGUAUGUCAGUAUGUGACUCACCCAAAGUGACCAAUAAAACCUUUAUUUAUGCUAA